AUGGACGAACAGGAGUUUGAAGUGUUCGACUCCCUCCCCCCAGCUCUCCGGCGAAAGGUCAGUUCUACAUCGCAUCUUACAUCUUACAUCUCUACCUCACUAUCUCUCUUCUCUACGUCUAUCUUCUAUCGUCACUUCUCCUUCUUCAUCACGUCUUCUACCGGGUGCACGCUCCCCAGAGGGGGCUUGCUCACCUGGCACAGGCAGGGCCUCUUUUCCAACGUCGAGCGCUUCCGUCUCGAGCAAAUGAGACUAGCUCAGGUCAGCACGCUCGACCGCCGUGGAAGUGACCCAUCAUCACGAUGCCCCAAUUUUGCAUCCACUCCCACUAAGCUAUGCAGACAUCCCAGGGGCAGCAGCAGUCCGAAGGCCCGUGAACGACAGGGCAGGCCCAACUUGCCAGUCACCCCGUUGAACGGCAAGAGACGGUGCAAGUCAUCGCAUCGUGUGCUCCAGAAACCCUCUGCGCAGCUUCAGACCGCCUACCUGACCGCUCAGGCUGACAGCGAGUGGUUCCAGUCUCUCCCCCCAAAGGUGCAGCAACGCCACUUCAGCGCUGAAGAACAGUCCCGUCUUGGCGGCUGGAGGUCGAGCGUCAUCUUCGACGCUGCAGACCAGGCUCUGUACAAGUUUGGAAGCGCCGCCGGCGAGUCCUCCCUCUCCCUGCCCGGCACGUCGACCCUGUCUCGCUCCUCUUCCGUAUCGAGCAUGUCGUCCGCCGCCAGGUUCGAUUCCGCCGUCGACGUCGACGGCUCCCUGUACGACAGCUUCAGGUGGCUCGACGAGGAAGACAACAUCGACCUCUCUCUCGACUACCAUGCCCAUCUGGCCGAGACUGCUCCGACCAAGACCAAGUCUCGCCGCAAACGACCAUCUUCCUUCCGACGCACCAUCUCCAUCUCCUCCAGCCAUGGCAGCAUCAGCGCUCUCCCUUCACCUCGCCUGCGCAGCCAGACCGCAUCCCAACCGCAUCCAUUCAACUUUUCUUUCCACAACAACGGCAACAACAAUAACAACAACACCCUCCUCUCACGCUCCGUGUCAAAGUCGGUAGCGGGCCCCCAUUUGCCCACUUACCUGCCUCAGUCAUCCCACAGCUCCGUUGACCACCCAGCUCAGUUCUACCAGGACCCCGAGGCCCGUCUCAAGCUAAGAGUCUACCUUGCCUCCCCCCAAAAGUUCGACGAGGCAAUUGAGUUUGGCUUCCCUUCUCUCGAGCACAACGACAACCUAGGAACCCCGUUCUGCUUCGACCGGAAGUGGAAGAUGCAGGAGUCCCCCACCGCAAACACCUUCGUCGACUCUGAAACAAUCUCCCCCUACGACGUUAGCAGCGGCCCACCCAGCCCCCGCACCGCCGUACGACCAAAGACCUCCGCCGCCGACCUGACGGAAAACACCUGGCGCAAGCCCUCGGUGUGUGACUCUCAGCAUUCUCGACCUUCUUUUUCUGACCGCCGCCGUCCGGUCCAGCCCAUGGUCGUCGGCUCUUCAACCCAUAUGGGGACCAGGGAGAUGACGCUGAAGAUGACGCUGACCAGGCCUGACCUGAGGUCGAGCGACCUUCUGGCUUCUCCCAAGUCGUCCACCACGGAGGAAGACCCGCUCAAGCUGGCGGACCUGCCCGUUGACGAGAAGGCUCCUGUCUGGGAUAAGCCUGACAAGUGUUCGAUGAAGAGCGUCUGGAGGAAGAUCACUGGAAGAUGA